GUUGCCCCGUCACGGCCAGGGACGCAGACAGGAAAACAUUUGGCUGCCUGACAUCGCUUUCGGGCCAGGCGCUGCCCCAUCCGGGCUGGGGAACGUAAGGCGGGAGGAGAUCUGGGUGCUCAGCAUCCGCAGUAAGCCAAAUGUUUCCCAUCCUGGCUUGGGGGAUGUGGGCAGGAGGCAAUUUGGGUGCUCAGCACCUACUUUUGGGCCCAAUGUUACCCCAUCCAGACUGGAAGAGGGAGACAGGAGGCAACUUGGGUGCCCAGUAUCACCUCUUGAGCCAGAUGUUGCCCUGUCCAGACUGGGGGGCAGACACAGGACGCUGUUUGGGUGCUCAGCACACACUUGGGCCAGAUGUUGCUCCCUCCGGACUUGGGGAUGGAGACAGGAGGCAAUUUGGGUGCUCAGCACCUGCUUUUGGGCCAGGUGUUGCCCCAUCUGGACUGGGGGACACAGGCAGGAGGCGGUCUGGGUGCUCAGCACCCAUUUUUGGGCCAAACAUUGCCCUCUCCAGGCCAGGGGCCGCAAGCAAGAGGAGAUUUGGGUGUCCAGCACCUACUGCAGCUCUGUACGUUGGCCUGUCCUGGCCAAAGGACGCAGGCAGAAGGAAAUUGGGGUGCUCAGCACCCACUUUCAGGCCAAACAUUGCUCCCAAACCCCUCCUGGGGGAAGCCUGCUCCCUUCCCCCUGCUCUCCGUGCCUCUCGGUGCUGUGCUUGUGGGGUUUACUCCUCGCUGUAGCGAUGGGGGUUGUGGAGGAGCGAGGGGUGAAGGUGUUUGUCCCUGGGGCCACUGGAGCCUGUCCCCACCUCGCAGCCCUCUUGUCCCUCCUCAGGUGCAGGAGCUGAUCAUCAACAAGGACCCCACGCUGCUGGACAACUUUUUGGACGAGAUCAUCGCUUUCCAGGCUGACAAGUCCAUCGAGGUGCGGAAGUUCGUGGUGGGCUUCAUCGAGGAGGCCUGCAAGCGGGACAUCGAGCUGCUCCUGAAGCUCAUCGCCAACCUGAACAUGUUGCUGAAGGACGAGAACGUGAACGUGGUGAAGAAAGCCAUCCUCACCAUGACCCAGCUCUACAAGGUGGCCUUGCAGUGGAUGGUGAAGUCCAAGGUGAUCAGCGAGCUGCAGGAGGCCUGCUGGGAGAUGGUGUCGGCCAUGGCCAGCGACAUCAUCCUCCUCCUCGACUCGGACAACGACGGCAUCCGCACGCACGCCAUCAAGUUCGUCGAGGGGCUCAUCAUCACCCUGUCGCCCCGCAUGCCCGACUCGGAUGUGCCCAAGCGCCACGAGAACGACAUCAGCCUCGAGCGCAUCCCCAAGGAUCACCCCUACAUUAAGUACAACGUGCUCUGGGAAGAGGGCAAGGCCGCUCUGGAGCAGCUCCUCAAGUUCAUGGUGCACCCGGCCAUCUCCAGCAUCAACCUCACGGCGGCCCUGGGCUCCCUGGCCACCAUCGCCCGCCAGCGGCCCAUGUUCAUGGCGGAGGUGAUCCAGGCCUACGAGACCCUUCACGCGAACCUACCGCCCACCUUGGCCAAGUCGCAGGUGAGCAGCGUGCGCAAGAACCUCAAGUUGCACCUGCUGAGCGUCCUGCGGCACCCGUCCUCGGGCGACUUCCAGCCCCAGAUCACCACCCUCCUGGUAGACCUGGGCACCCAGCAGGCCGAGAUCGCCCGCAGCAUGCCCAACCCCCGUGAUGUCCGCAAGCGGCCCCGUGACGAGCCUGACCCCACCCUCAAGAAGAUGAAGAUCGAGCCACCCCUGGGCGAAGACGACGAGGACAAGGACCUGGAGCAGGUAGCGGUACCGGCACCCAAAGCAUCCAGCCAGGGCAGCGCCCAGUCGGACACGGACAUCACGGCCGAGUUCCUGCAGCCCCUGCUGACGCCCGAAAACGUUGCCAACCUGGUGCUCAUCAGCAUGGUGUACCUGCCCGAGACCAUGCCCGCCUCCUUCCAAGCCACCUACACGCCCGUGGAGUCCGCCGGCACGGAGGCGCAGAUCAAACACCUCUCCCGGCUCAUGGCCACGCAGAUGACGGCAGCGGGCCUUGGCCCUGGGGUGGAGCAGACAAAGCACCUCAAGGAAGAGCCGAAGGAGGAGAAAAUGGCCAAGCCUGAGAGCGUGGUGAUCAAACGGCGCCUCUCGGCCCUGUCCCAAGGCCAGGCCAUCUCCGUGCUGGGCGCCCAGGGCUCUCCCGCCAACCUGCUGGAGGAAGAAGCCCCGCAGACCAAGCGGCGCCCCGAACCCAUCAUCCCCGCUACGCAACCCAGGCUAAGCGGCGCCGGUGGGCGCAAGAAGGUUUUCCGCCUGGGCGAUGUGAUCAAGCCGCUGAGCGACAUGCAGAUGGAGAAGAAGGGGACCGUCACCCCGUCCCCUGAACGGCGCCUCAGCCUUUCUCCCAUGAUAGAGACCAUCUCUUUAUCUGAGAGAUGCGCAGAAGCUCCCGUGUCACUCUCUGGGGACAGCCGCAGCUCAGGGGUGGCAUUGUGGGGGACGUUUGUCGGCAGGAUUUUCACCAAAGUGGUGCUGGAGGCGCCGCUGAUCACCGAGAGUGCCCUGGAAGUCAUCCGGAAAUACUGCGAGGACGAGAGCCGCACCUACCUGGGCAUGUCCACGCUGCGCGACCUGAUCUUCAAGAGACCCUCCAGGCAGUUCCAGUACCUGCACGUCCUCCUCGACCUCAGCUCGCACGAGAAGGACAAGGUUCGCCAGCAGGCCUUGCUCUUCAUCAAGCGCAUGUACGAGAAGGACCAGCUGAGGGAAUACGUGGAAAAGUUUGCCCUCAACUACCUGCAGCUCCUGGUGCACCCCAAUCCCCCGUCCGUGCUCUUCGGGGCUGACAAGGACACGGAGGUGGCCGCUCCCUGGACGGAGGAGACCAUCAAGCAGUGCCUGUACCUCUACCUGGCCCUGCUGCCGCACAACCACAAGCUCAUCCACGAGUUGGCCUCCGUGUACACCGAGGCGAUCGCCGACAUCAAGCGCACCGUCCUGCGGGUCAUCGAGCAGCCGAUCCGCGGCAUGGGCAUGAACUCCCCUGAGCUCCUGCUGCUGGUGGAGAACUGUCCCAAGGGAGCCGAGACGCUGGGGAAGCGGCUGGGGAAACGCGUCCGUGAUCUCUAUCACAAGAGGCUGCCGGACGUGCGCUUCCUCAUCCCCGUCCUCAACGGCCUGGAGAAGAAAGAGGUGAUCCAGGCUCUGCCCAAACUCAUCAAGCUGAACCCCAUCGUGGUGAAGGAGGUUUUCAACCGCCUGCUGGGCACACAGCACGGUAGGGCUGCGGCCUCCCCGGGGACAGUCCUGCAGGCCCCUCGCGGUGCCCCCCCGUCCCCCGCUGACGCCGUUGUCCCCGCAGUCACCAACCUCUGCUUCGCCGAGAGGAACGUCUACACCUCGGAGGUGCUGGCGGUGGUGAUGCAGCAGCUGAUGGAGCAGAGCCCGCUGCCCAUGCUGCUCAUGCGCACCGUCAUCCAGUCGCUCACCAUGUACCCCCGCCUCGGUGGCUUCGUCAUGAACAUCCUCUCCCGCCUCAUCAUGAAGCAGGUGGGAGCCGACGGCUGUCUGUCUGUCCGUCCGUCCCGGCCUUGGUGUCUCCAGGUGUCCCCUCCUGGGCUUGGCGCGGCCAUCUGUCCCAGCACCGAUGUCUCUGGGUGGUCCUUCCUGGACUUGGCGCGUUUGUCCCAGCCCUGGUGUUUCUGGGUGUCCCCUCCUGGGCUUGGCGCGGCCAUCUGUCUGUCUGUCCGUCCGUCCUGGCCCCGCUGUCUCCAGGUGUCUCCUUGUGGGCUCAGUGUGGCUUUUUGUCCCAGCCCUGGUGUCUCUGGGUGUCCCUUCCUGGGCUUGGCACGUCUGUCUGUCCAAGCCCUGGUGUGUCCAGGUGGCCCUUCCUGGGCUUGGUCUGUCUGUCCCAGCCCCAGUGCCUUUGGGUGGCUCUUCUGGGGCUCAGUACGGCCGUCUGUCUGUCUGUCCCAGCCCUGACGUCUCUGGUGUCCCUUCCCAGGCUAGGUAUGGCCAUCUGUCUGUCUGUCUCAGCCCGGGCAUCCCCAGGUGUCCCUUCCCAGGAACCGCUGUGUCCUGGUGUUUCUGCAUGUUCCUUCCCAGGCUUGACGUGUCCGUCCGUCCGGGUGUCCCUUUCCAGGCUCGGUGUGUCUGUCUGUCUGUCCAUCCAGGUGUUCCUUCCCGGGCUCGGCGUGUCCG